CUGCGACAGUUUGAACUAAGAGUUGUUAUUUACAUGUAAAUAUGUGAAUAAUUUGUGUUGUUUGUACACGGAAAAGACCUAACUUUCAUAAAGACCUGGUGAUAAAUAAGUUUUUAAUAUUACGAAAUGGCUGUAUUACCGCCAGAUCCUGUAUUCUGUUUAAAAAGUGAUAUGGGAUAUGUCCAUAGCCUCUGUUUUGCUGAUAAUGAAGAAAAUUUUUCAAAAACAUUAUAUGCCGCAACAGAAUCUGGUUUUGUGUAUGUAUGGGACCUCGAUACGAAUCGUCUGAAAUGGAAGCAAAUGUUAGGGACUUCAAUUCAGGUCAUACAUUCAAUAGGAAAUGACCUAAUAACCCAGGAAAAAAUGGGUUCAAUUAAAAGAUGGGCUGUGAAUGAAAGUGAAUUCAUUUUGGUUCAUGAGUAUACUUGUUACGGGGGUUACUGUCGUAGCUUGUUAAUGCAAAAUAAUGUACUUGUUAUUCCACAAGAACAAAGCAAAUUAGAAGCUUUGAGCAUAACGAACAUGGAAAAAGUACAGACUUUUCUCCCAGAAAACAACAAUCUUGGCAAUGCCAUGUGUUUACAGAAAGUUGAAUUAGACAAAACUAUUUAUAUAUUAGCAGGUUAUGAAACUGGUGAUGUUCUCCUAUGGAAUUUUUCAUCAGGGACGUUAUGUGGUCAUAUAAAACUUAGAGAAUGCAUAACUUCACUAACAUUUGACCCCAUUACGUGUAGAGGAAUUUGUGGGAAUUCAACCAAUGUUCUUCAAGUCUUUACAAUAAACAAGUCUUUUCAGAUAACACUAAAAUGCGAAAUAACAGUCAGUAAUGAGGGCUGUAAUGUAGUCAAAAUAAGACCAGAUCGUAAAAUAUUUGUUGCAGGCAGCUGGAAUGGUUUUCUUAGGGUUUUUUCAUGGAAAAGCCUCAGACCUUUGGCUGUCCUCACAGAACAUAAAAAGCCAGUUACAGAUGUUCAGUUUUCACCUCUUCCUGUUAAACAGUGGGGUGGAAACAUAAUGGCAGCAAGCGGAGGGGAUGGUAUCAUCUCCCUCUGGUACUUGUACAAUUAAUAAAUGAUGCUAAUUCGCUAGCUGUGAUUUAUUGAAUUAAAUAUUAAGUAAUUAUUUUUAUUUAUAAACUUUUACCUAUUCAGAACAGGGGGGGACUGUACUUAUAAUAACGUUUGUAACUGUUUUUUUU